CUGAAACCUGGAGAGGAAGUAACCAGAAUAUCCCUGCUUGACCAGUGGGGGAUACAUCCACCUCCACGGUCCUCACCUAACCUGAGCGGGGAUUUCCUCGGCUCCUCCUGCUGUCCUUUGGAGGAAAGGAAAGCGAAAGUGAAAGGAGGAAGAGAAGGCUUCUCGGGGCUGAGGAGAUCGCAGCGCCAUGAAGCCCCUGUCCCUGCUCCUUGCUGUGACUUUGGGCCUGGCGACCACCGUCUCAGCAGGACCAUCUGCGAUCGAGUGUUGGUUCGUGGAGGAUGUGGGCGGGGGCGGCCUGGCCAAGAGACCCGCUGCACUGCUUCUGCGCCAGGGACCCGAGGGACCGCCACCCCGGCCAGACCUCGACCCUAAGCUCUACCUCAAAGUGGACGACCCCACGGGCACCCUGCAGGCUGCCUUCAGGAGGUACCCCCGGGGCGUCCCCGCACCACACUGCGAGAUAAGCCGAUACAUCCCGCUCCCUGCCUCUGCAAAUUGGGCCAGCGGCCUGACCCCGGAGCGGAGCUGCCCGCGGGCCCUGGACGGGGCUUGGCUGACCGUCAGCAUGUCCAGCUCGGUUCUAAGCCUCUCCAGCCUCUUGCGACUCCAGCCAGAGCCUCAGCAGGAGCCUGUUCUUAUCACCGUGGCAACAGUGGUGCUGACUGUCCUCACCCACACCCCUGCCCCCCGAAUCCGACUGGGACAAGAUGCUAUAUUGGACUUGAGCUUCGCCUACAUGCCCCCAACCCUCGAGGCUACUGCAUCUCUGGCCCCAAGUCCCCCUCCCUUUGGGCUGGAGUGGCGACGACAGCACCUGGGUAAGGGGCACCUGCUCCUGGCUGCAACUCCUGGGCUGGGUGGGCAGAUGCCAGCAGCCCGAGAAGGAGCAGUGGCGUUUGCUGCUUGGGAUGAUGAUGAUCCAUGGGGCCCAUGGACUGGGAAUGGGACCUUCUGGCUGCCUGCUGUGCGACCCUUUCAGGAGGGCACCUAUCUGGCCACUGUACACCUGCCAUACCUGCAAGGACAGGUCUCCUUGGAGCUUACUAUGCACAAGCCCCCCAAAGUGUCCCUGUCACCAGCACCCCUUGUUUGGGCUGCCCCAGGGGAGGCACCUCCAGAGUUGCAGUGCCUUGUGUCCCACUUCUACCCUUCUGAGGGCCUGGAGGUAGAGUGGGAGUUCCGGGGUGGCUCAGAGAGUGGAUCUCAGAAGGCCGAGGGGCAGAGGUGGCUCUCCUCUCUGCGCCACCAUUCAGAUGGCUCUGUCAGUCUCUCCGGACACCUACAGCUGCCCCCAAUCACUGCUGAGCAGCAUGGGGCUCGGUACAUCUGUCGUGUCCACCACUCCAGCCUGCCCGCCUCGGGGCGAAGUGCUGAGGUCACUGUGGAGGUGGCAGGUUUCUCUGGGCCCUCCCUUGAGGAUGGCGUAGGGCUCUUCCUGUCUGCCUUCCUCCUCCUGGGACUCUUCAAGGUGCUGGGCUGGGUCGCUGCCUACCUGAUCAUUCAUAAGGAUUCCAAGGAGAAGAAAACACAGUGAAGGCACUCAGCACUACCCUGUGGAAGCUACCAUCAUCUCUGGCCCUAGCUACUGUAGCAGCUCCCCCAAACAGUACCCCAUCACCUGCUCCUACUCUCUCAAAACUUCCUACACUGAAUGGCUGGAAUUUUUUUUUUUUUUUUAAAGACAAAUCUUAUUGCAUUUGUCUUCUUAAAGCUCUUGGGCAGUGGUUCUCAAAAUUUUUGGUAUCAGGACUUUCUUAAAAAUUAUCAAAGUCAGGCCUGUUGGCACAUGCCUGUAAUUAGGUGAGCCGCAGCAAUUUAGUGAGGCCCUAAGCAACUUAGUGAAACCCAGUCUCAAUAAAAAAUAAAAAAGGCUGGGGAUGUAUCUCAGUGGUAAAGUGCCCUAGGCUCAAUCCUCAGGGCCAAAAAUCAAAGACUCUCAAAAGCUUUUGUUAUCUGUGCUAUAACUAUUGAUAUUUAUUGUACUAAAACCUAAAAUAGAAAGAUUUUAAACACGAGAAUACAUAAAUACACAUUCUAUUAGUUUUGAAAGCCAUGGUGUCAAUACAUAUCAUGUAGCUUCUGGAAAACCCCGCAUGUACACUCUUAGAAAAUUAUAAUGAAAAAUGCAAAUAACAUUUUAUAGAGUUGUUAAGUUUUAACCUCAAAUACCCACUGAAAUUGUCUUGGGGACCUCUGGGACAGAAACCAACCUUGGAGAACCAGUGCUCUGGGGUAAAUUCCUUCUUCCUGCUCCGUCCUGUGAGUCCCCCCCCACCCUGCCCGAACACUGCCUACCUCUCCAGUCCUACUAGGUGCUCCCCAGCCCUCCUCUCAAUGCUCAUCAACAGACAGCUAUUCCUUUCUUCCGAUGAACCAAAGGCCUCCCGCCAGCCUCGAGUUCCGCAGCUUGUUUCCCUCCGCCUGGCUCCUUCCCUGGGCCCCCGACUUAGGUCUGCCUCGUGAUUCCCCUCAGGCGGUCGCGUGUCUGUCUUGUGAGGUUCACCACAGCUGUAGUUAAGUGAUUGUGAGAAUCGUGGUUAAACGCCCGUCUACCCUCCCGGACUGUGGCUCCUGUGGCUCAGCGUGACAAGCCUGUGUGUCCUCUGCUGUAUGACUGGCGCCCACUGGAGGGCGCUCAUUAAAAAGCUGCUGAACUUAGAACCGAGGAAGCCGCAGCACAAGGGGCUGGACGGUCGUCGGCCAGACGGAUGGGGAACGGGUCUAGUGUGGGAAUAAAGUAGUGUUCCAGUGCUUCCAA